GAGUGCGGAGAACAUCUUGACAUCUACCAGCUAAAAAUAGAUAAAGCACCAACAAUGGCCGAAAUGCGGCUAAAAUUCACAGAAUCAGAAUGUGCUGAUACAGGAAAGUUGGGAUCAAUUUCUUGGCUCAUUGAUGGCAUCAAUAUAGAGGAUUCGCAGGAUGCACUGAGGGUAGCUAUUCGGCAGCUUCCCAAAGAUGCUUCUGCUGUUCAAAGGGCUGCACUUCAAGAGAAACGACAAAAACUGGCUGCUUGGAUUUCUAAAUUUCAUGAAAUUGCUGAUAAUAUGACAGAGGGCAUUGAAGUUCAUGCAGGUACUGAGCAUGUGGAUGACAUUAGAUUUUGCACCUCAGAUGCGGUGGAGGAAGUAUGGGAGGCUGCAGAUAUUGAAGAUGUGUUGGAAGAGAUGGAUGAGGCAGUUCCUGCAGAAGUCAUGGCCAUUUGGAUGCCA